UCUUCCUCAGGUAGAAAAAACCGAACAUUUCCCAAAUUAUUUCUCAAAACCCUAAAAUUUCCGAGUAGAAUUCUGUAGAUCUUGAUAAAUUUUACUCAAUUUCUCACAAAUCACUGAGAUAAUGAAAGGAGGAACAGUUCAGAUCAAUUGGCACGACACUAAACCAGUUCUAACCCUAGAUUUUCAUCCCUUUUCUGGACUUCUCGCUACUGGCGGCGCUGAUUUCGAUAUCAAGAUUUGGCAAGUGGAUUCGGGAGAAGCGCAAAAUAAAAUUCCAACAGCUUCCUAUCAAACUAGUCUUUCUUAUCAUAGUUCUGCGGUGAAUGUUCUUCGAUUCGCUCCUUCAGGAGAGCUAAUUGCUUCAGGUGCAGAUGGGGGUGAACUUAUAUUAUGGAAGUCUCACCUAACAGAUGCUGGUCAAGUUUGGAAAGUUCUUAAGACAUUGUCAUUUCAUAGAAAAGAUGUAUUGGAUCUGCAGUGGUCCAGGAAUGGAGCCUAUCUUAUAUCUGGGUCUGUUGACAAUUCUUGCAUCAUAUGGGAUGCUGAGAAAGGCUCUGUCCAUCAAAUUUUGGAUGCACAUCUCCACUAUGUUCAGGGAGUGGCAUGGGAUCCAUUGUCCAAGUUUGUUGCAUCACUUAGUUCUGACAGAACUUGCAGAAUUUAUGUUAACAAACCUCAGAAAGCAAAGGGAGCAGAGAAGAUGAAUUAUGCUUGUCAGCAUGUGAUUGUAAAGAUGGAACAGCAAUCUGCAGAUGAUACCAAGUGCUUGAAGAGUCAUCUCUUUCAUGAUGAGACGUUGCCAUCAUUCUUUCGAAGAUUAGCCUGGUCACCUGAUGGUUCAUUUUUACUAGUACCUGCUGGUUUAUACAAAUGUUCGCCUGAUUCUGAAUCUAUUAACACUGCUUAUGUAUUUUCCAGAAAAGAUCUUUCAAGACCUGCAUUACAGCUUCCUGGUGCCAGCAAGCCUGUAGUUGCAGUGCAUUUCUGCCCUUUGGCUUUUAACCUUCGUGGAUCAAACUCAGCUGGGUUUUUCAAGCUUCCAUACCGGCUCAUUUUUGCUGUGGUAACUCUGAAUUCACUGUACAUUUAUGACACAGAAAGUGUUGCCCCUCUGGCUAUCUUGGCUGGUCUGCAUUAUGCAGCCAUAACAGAUAUAGCCUGGUCGCCUGAUGGAAAGUAUUUAGCAUUAUCAUCACAAGAUGGAUACUGCACAUUGGUAGAAUUUCAAAGUGACGAACUGGGAACACCUCUCCCUUUUCCAGAUGGAAAGACUGCUAGUAGUCAUGUUGAUGAGACUCCUAGUCAAAAGAAGCCUGAAGCAAUGGUGGUCAAAGCUUCUGUAAAAGACAGCCCUGUUACUUUAGAGAAUAAACAAACUGUAAAAGACAGCCCUGGUGUUUUAGAGAAUAACCAAACAGAUAACAAACAGGCAUCACCAGUGGCAAGCACUCCUGUAUCUAGCAAGCCAGCUAAGAGGCGUAUUAUUCCCAUGGCAAUUGAUCCUUGACUGCCAUCAUCAUCUUUGUAAAGUUCAUGUUAUAAUUAUCUCUCUGCUCCUAAUCCCUGAGGUUUGGAUUUUCUUCCACAUUUUGUAUAGUGAGUAAUGAACUCUUGAAGGGAAGGGUCCAUAUGUCAGCUAAGAUUGCAAGUGUACCAUUAAAUGAUGCUAAUACAUAAUUUUGAUAUCAAUUUUAAUGUUCAAAACA